UGAAGGACUUCACCAACUUUUCCGCCCUUCACGAUCGAUAUUCCCGUAUAGACUAUAUCCUUACUGCUCAGGAAGGACUUUCCCACCUGCGCGGAGCUAAGAUCGAGACUGGCGCCUGGUCGGACCAUGGAUCGGUCGAGAUAGAACUGGACUCACCCCUGUACAGACCAAAGGCGUGGACCUGGAGACUUAACGAAGCUCUACUGCUAGACCCAGAUACCAAGGAAUAA